AUGAAAGCCGUGAUCUUAGCGCUGGUCGCGUAUGCGACCGCUUCGCCUUAUGCAUCUAUCACCAAGAGACAAAGCUCUGGUACAAGCUCUGCUCCCAUUACCGACAUUAGCACAAUCCAAAGAUACUGGGGCCAGAUCACGCCCUAUUUCGACAACAACGAGACCUACUUUGGUGUAAAUGACACUGGCCUUCCUGAUGGCUGCCAGAUCGAGCAGGUCCACCUCCUUGAACGGCAUGGUUCACGGUUUCCGACUGGAUACUACGACGACGGCCUCAACGAUGCGAACUUUGCCGAGAAGUUGGUCAACCUCACCAAAGCGAAUGCGAGUGCCGAGUUUACGGGAGAGCUGGCGUUCCUCAAUGGCUACGAGUACAAGCUCGGCUCAGGACUUCUUGUCGGCAGAGGAGCUGUGCAGUCCUUUGACGCUGGUGUGACUUUCUGGCAAAGGUACGGUCGGACGUUGUAUAACGCGACAGCCGGGCAGUUGGCCUACAAUGCCUCCUUUCCGAAUGGUACGGCUCGACCGAAGCCGACUUUGCGCACGACAGGGCAGUCUCGUAUCUGGAACAGUGAGAUCAAUUGGGCGCUUGGGUUCUUUGGACCGUCGUUCGAGACAGAUCCGAACCCUACUAUCGCCAAUGCUACCAGUCCAUACAACCUCGUUGUCAUCCCGGAAGGCGGCACAGAAAACAACACACUGGCAUCUUAUGACUCUUGCUUCAACGACAACGACGAUCCGACUGGACAGAUCGGCGAUAUCAACCUUAUCCAGUAUCUCAAGAUCUACCUGAAGGACGCCACAGAACGACUGCAACAAUAUGCUCCGUCAGGUUUCAACCUCACAGUGAAUGAUACCUACGCCAUGCAGUCAAUCUGCGCCUACGAGACGAAUUAUCUCGGCUCCUCUAGCUUCUGCAACCUCUUCACGCUGGAAGAGUGGCAAGGCUUCGAACAAACCCUUGACAUCGAAUACUACUACGACUACUCUUUCGGUAACCCUACUGGCCGCGCUCAAGGCAUAGGCUAUCUCCUCGAACUGCUCUCCCGCCUCCAACACCAACCCAUCACCUCCUCCAACUCCUCCAUCAACGCCACCAUCGACGCGAACAGCACCGACUUCCCGCUCAACCAGCACUUCUACGCCGAUUUCUCCCACGACGACAUCCUUGUCUCCGUCCUUACCGCCAUGUCCUUCGACUACUUGAAGGAUCCGCCCUCGUUGACCGCGUACCCGCCCAACCCCAAUCGGCACUUCAUCCUCAGUCACUUGACACCCUUCGCCGCGAAACUCAUCACCGAAGUCGUCGGUUGCGGCUCCUCCAACCCUGAACCCGUACAGUCAACACGAACAUACACCACCCCGACACAGUUCGGGUACGACCCCAAUAACGCAACGUACAAGUUCGUGCGGAUGCGUCUGAACCAUGGCAUCUUGCCCCUGAGCGAGAUCCGAGGCGGAGCGUGCGGCAACAGGACGGAUGGGAUGUGUGCGCGGGAGAACUUCUUGGAUAGUCAAAAAGAUGCGUAUGAGCUAAGUCAGUACGACUAUGCGUGCUUUGGGAACUACACCAUCAGCAACGUGACGGGCGGGGUGGACUAUGAUGGGGCGAUUUCGGCGAGUAACUCCACGAGAAGGCGAUGA